AAAAACUUAACAAUUUUUUUCUUUUUUCUUUUUUUCUUUUUCCUUCCCUUUCCCUUUCUCUUUCUCCUUCCCUUUUCUCUUCUCUUUCCCCAUGGAACCCAGCAACCCUAGGUUCUUUCAAACCUAGCAUGCUUGGGUUCGGUGGAACCCAAGCGUUGGGUUAGCAAGGAACCCAGCACACCUGGGUUCGCAAGGAACCCAACAACCCAAGCAUGCUGGGUUCACGUCUAGAUGAAGAAGGCAACGCAAGGCAGUCGUUGGGUUUCUGCAGGUGUUGGGUUCGACAUUGGGUUUCAUUUCAAACCCAAUAGGCGGUGGGUUUCAUUUCAAACCCAGCGGCUGCUAGGUUUGAGCAGUCGCUGGGUUCCUGCAAGUGAGGCUCUGGGUUCCGUUUUGAACCCAGCAGUUGUUGGGUCGAAGAAUCCAUUGAGUUCAAUCUGUUGAUUUGUUGUGUUAUCCUUAAAUUUAAUAUUAGGAGUUAGGGUUUGCAGAAGGUGAAAGGAAAGGGAGAGGAAGAAGAAAGGGAAAAAGGAAAAACAAAUGAAGAAAAAAAAAAGAGGAAAAAGAAAUUUUUUAAGGUUUU